CCAAGUUACUAAUUCCCGCCCCGCGACCAGUUCUCCCGCCGAAGAUAUCACCACAUACAGCUGCCCGCCAUGCUGCGACCACGGAUCUUCCGCCCGCCUCCGUACCUUUUCACCGGCGCAAAGGUGUCUUUCCUCCGGCCAAUCCAGCUUUACCGUCCUCUCUCGCCAAUGACCAUUACUCGCUCCGCCGGCGUACACCAUCGUCGUCCGGCCCCAUCUCGACGUGGAGACCCCGUCGUAAUCCAGCGCGAACCACCACCAACAUCCGAACCACCACCAACAUCCGAAGAACGUUAUAUACCAGAAGAAGAACGCGAGCCACCAAUGGCAGGCCGUGGCUUUCUAGUCCUUUUCGCCUUGAUCGCCGCACCGAUCACGUUUGCCUACCAAUUCCCGACCCGGAUUCUCCCACCAGUGCCCGACCCACCAGAGUUCAAAAACCUCUCCAAGACACCCCUCACGCUCGGCACCUGGGUCUCCUCACCCUGGCAGAGCUGCCAACUCCUGAUGUUCCGUCUCCGACGCGGCGAGUACGUGGUGCCUCUACGGAAGAACUUCUCGUUCUCACCGCUGAACUACCUUGGGAUAUCGUCGCAGCCUAAUGAUCUACUCAACCUCGCGUCGGGCAACGGAGGUGCUCCUGAGAAAUGGCGCUGGUGGACCUGGGGAACUUAUAUGUUUGCGCACGGCGGGUUAUUCCACUUCGGAUUUUGCUUCAUGGCCAUGAGUUCAUUGGUGCCGAUGUUCGUGGCUCGCUAUGGAGUGGGCCGGACGCUAGCGUCAUUCUUUGGGGGUGGUAUCGGUGCUGCGGCACUGUGCUGCCAGAUAGAGGAUUAUCUCCACGGACAGGAUGUGAAGGAUGGGAAGGGGAUACACAUCGUGCAGCGCAAACAGGCCACGCCGAAUGGCAGUCAAGUAACAGUUAACGAGCUCGCGCCUGUGCCGGGGUACAAGGGGAUGUUUAUUUCAAGCAUCGGCUCCAGCGCAGGGCUAAUGGCGAUGAUCACGACUACCGCGAUCGCGAUGCCGCAGUCGAAGUGGGGCCUCAUGUUUUUGCCUUUUACUGUGGGCGCGAGACCAAUGGUGGGAGCGUUGGUGGCUUGGGAUUUGGCCGGUGCGCUAGGGUAUGCCCCAGACAUGGGGGUGGGACAUGUGGGACAUCUCUGUGGAGAUGUAAUAGGGCUUUUGAUGUAUGCGCUGUGGUUGAGGAGGUUGCCGGUUAGUAGAGUAAUGGCAUGGCGGAGGAAGAGAGAGGGGUAUUGGUAGGAGAGCAUCGGUAAGAAGGACCUGUACAUACCUACAUGGUAUACUUACUGGAGAUUAACUCCCCUAAAGGGUCUUCAACCAUCUCUCCAGCAAUCUUUUUAGACAUUUCCGCGACGGACUUGUUGGUUCCUCAAUACCAGGAAACCAGGU